AUGGCGGAGAUGAAGCUUCUAUUCAUCAUCGCCUUCUCAAUUUCUUCUCUCAUUUCCACCGUCAGAUCUGAUUCGUCAGAUCACUGUUACAAAGAAGCAGAUUUUGUUCCUCUUUUCGCUAACAAAGUUGGUCCUUUCCAUAACCCCAGUGAGACUUAUCGUUAUUUUGAUCUACCAUUCUGUUUUCCAGAUCAUUUGAAAGAGAAGAAGGAAGCAUUAGGUGAAGUGUUGAAUGGGGAUCGUUUGGUUAGUGCUCCUUAUAAGCUUGAGUUCCAACGGGAGAAGGACUUUGUUUCAGUUUGCAAGAAGACACUUACAAAGGAAGAUGAGGCGUGCUAG